UGAGGAGGCAAGGAUCGUGUCAGGGACGAGGUUCCAAUCGAACUUGCGCCCGGUGGAGGUGACCAGGGUAUUGAACACGACCUCCCACAGAUGGUUCCUCUCCCCGUCUUGUCUUGUCCCAGUGGGAGGAAGCGAGGAGACGGACCAGAAACGGUACGGAGUACUGGCAGGUGUGGUCCUGUGGGUGAAGGCCAGCAAACAGCAAAGCAAGAGAGAGAGAGAGAGAGCGCGAGAGACUCGGAGACCGUCCAAAUUGUUCGUACCGUUCUUCGUGUGCGUGUGGUGUGCGUGCGUUGCCCCCAUCCACACCAAUCCGCACGCCAUCCCAGGGUCCAUGUCCCUUCUUACAUGGGGGCCCGUGGACGAGAACAGACGACGCUGAGGUCGCUUCCAGGCUUGGGGCCCCAUCUCCCGCCAACCAUCGAUCGCCAAUCGCUUCCCCUUCUUGCUCGUUCGUGUCGUUCCUUUUCCUCCUCUGUCUCUCUCUACGUCUUGUCUCUGCUCCCUCCCUCCCUCCCUCCUCCCACUCCACCACCACCUCCUGACCGGCGUGCAUUCUCAGCAUCGUCACCUUUCGCUCGUUUCAUAUACCCGCCCGUGGACUUUAGCCUCUUUUUUCAGCCACUGUCUCUCUCUUCGCCUAUCUGGCUGUUGAAGAAACUCUCUCUCACUCUCACUCCAACACACUGCUCACUCUCUCGAUCUAUCAUAACCUCCGACGCCCACCUCGCCACCAUAGGUUUUCGACCUGCUUCCGCUGAUCCAUCUCGUUCGGUGUACAAGAGGCCUCAUACGGGCUCAUCCCAUCGACACCCUUCGGGCUCUGCAUAGGCACCUCGCUGCCAGCCCAUACUCCCCUUCUUUCCAGGUUGAUCCUCGGCCUCUUUUAUUUCAUCUCUCUCGUGUCAUUCUGUUGAAAGCUGUGCUUGCUUCUUGUUAGCCUCUUACCAUUUCACAAUCCUUCGACUUCACUAGUACACUCCGGUUGUUCUGUUUCCUUUGGUCCACGGCUCUCGCAAUAUACCCUCCCGACGCGACGACGACGACUCGAAUAGUAUCAAUCGAUUCACCAAAGAAAGCUCUCAACACGGUCACCCGACGAGCACGGAACCCCCCUCUCACUACCAACCUCGUUAUCAAAGCGUAUCAAUCAUUAAGCUGGGAAAGGGACGGCA